GUUCAUUUCAUUCUCGCUACGAACGGCCGCUCAUUCGGUUCUAGUGCGCAAUGGAAAUAUUUCUGAGGCUGCUCGUGGUUUUAGUGAAGUUUGUGGCUUUGUGCGUAUGCCCGCUCCUGGAGGCCUUUGUUUAUCCGCCCAAAUCCAGGAGGACCCUCAUCCCCCCAAUCAGGAGUCGCCUGCUCACCCUCAGCGUUCAGGAGCUGCGCAGACGCCUUCAGUCUCGCCAGUUGACAUCGGCGGAGCUGGUGCGCACCUAUAUCGAACGUAUCGAAUCCGUUAAUAAGCAUCUAAAUGCCCUAGUGGAAUCUCGUUUUACGGCUGCCCUGGAGGAGGCCAUUGAAACGGAUGACCUCAUAGCCAGUUGCCAAAGUGCAGCAGAUGUGGAGAAGCUCUUCGCAGAACGUCCACUGCUGGGACUUCCCGUGACCAUAAAAGAGUCAUGUGCCCUCGAGGGCAUGAGCUUUGCUGUGGGCAGUCUGUCCAGAAAGAAUAUCAAAGCCAAAGCCGAUGGCGAGGCAGUGAAGCGUUUGAAGAUAGCUGGAGCCAUUCCUCUCCUGGUCUCGGCCACUCCGGAAUAUUGUUUCAGCAUCGAGACGGACACCUUGUUGAAUGGAAAAUGCCUGAAUCCCUACGAUUCGGAACGGAUACCGGGAGGAAGUUCUGGUGGAGAAGGCUCUUUGAACGGGGCAGGCGCCUCUCUUUUCGGCAUUGGCUCAGAUAUUGGUGGUUCGAUUCGCAUCCCCAGCUUGUAUUGCGGCAUCUUCGGGCACAAACCCAGUGGCGGAGUGUUCUCCGCCAAAGGACACUUUCCCAACUCAUCGGAUCCAAACAUCGGACACUAUUUUGUGGAGGGACCCAUAAGCCGCUUCGCUGAGGAUCUGUCCGAGUUGCUGCAAGUAAUGGCGGGCAAGGAAAAUGCAUCCAAACUGCGAUUGGAUGAACCCGUCCAGCUGAAUCAGAUUAAAGUGCAGUAUGCGCUGGGUUUUGAGGGCAUCAACGGAUGGAUGCAUGUGGCGGUGGAUAAGGAUAUCAGGAAUUCGAUUUGCAAUGCCACAACUCAUUUAAAGAGCCUCGGCUUGGACGUGAAGAAAGCGAAACUACCCAAUCUCGAUAAUUCAAUGGAAAUGGCUCUAUCCGGAAUCGCCGGACAGGAUUUAAUGGAUUAUCUUUUGCCGGAUGAGAACCCAGAGGGUUCCGGCAAAGUGCGUGAGACGCUCUGGGAGAUUGUCAAAAGUCUGCGGGGUCAAUCGAAUUACACUACCAACGCCCUGAUCUUUGAACUCAUGCGACGCACGGGUGCCUUUAUGUCGAAAUCGAAGCUCAAUCAAUAUAUGAUGGAAUCACGCGAAUUGAUCGGGGAGUUCGAGAAUCUACUUGGCGAUAACGGCGUGCUUCUGUUUCCAACUUUGAAUUUGCCUGCUCCGAGGCACAAGUGGUCCAUUCUAUCACUCUGGGGCGUGGAUUACACCCUGAUGUUCAAUGUACUCGGUCUGCCCGUCACCCAUGUGCCAAUGGGUCUGAAUGAACGGGGACUUCCCAUCGGGCUUUCUGUGAUUGGGGCGCCAAAUCAGGAUCGAUUGUGCCUCCGAGUGGCCCUGGAGUUGGAAAGAGCCUUCGGGGGAUGGAAGCCACCAGUGCCGCACGACCUGGAUGACUAAAAUGUCUGGACAACAAAGACCCUAAGAAAGAACUCAUAUGCGUAAUAUUAUCAUAUAAUAAUGAAUGAAUGGAAUUUUUAAAUAAAAACUAAGAAAAGGUUUGAGCCCGGGA